GCCGAGUCUGUCAGUAUUUUCAUGUGAUGGUCCUACCCCAAAGGCCCGAAUUGUCCGAAACUCAUCUGAUUGUUAUUGAAGCAAUCACAACUCGAAUCCCAUUUUUUGCAACAGUUACGUUAAGAGAGAGUCACUGGCAAUUUUUUAGUACAAUUUCUGUGACGUGAACCUGCGUAUUUGCUUCCUUAGACUAUUGUCUACCGUUAUCGUCCCAAGAGUAGUAAUAGUCUGCUGCGUUCGUUAAAACCGCGAUGAACUUGGAAAUGAGAGCAAAAUGAAUAAGCUUCUUUUCUGGCCUUAAGUGAUCAGCGUCUGUCAUCUAAUGGCAAGAAACCUCUUCAAUAUUUGGUGCUUGUGUUCAUGAUUUUGGAUCACAUUGAGCUCCACCAAAGAAGAUGUUCAGUAAAAAGGCAAGCAUAGAUGUCAAGAAAUCUACCCAAAAGUUCUUGGACGGGAAACGUGACAUUCCUACAAGGUUUAGGCAUCUGAAAAUUGUUUUGGAUCAUGCUGAACCGAAUGAAGCAAAAUCACUGCUUGAAACAUACUACAGUCCAGUUUUUCACAUUUUUUAUGAUUCUUUUACUACAACUGAAUCAACCCUAAAGCAAAAAAGCCAUAGAGUACAAAGAGAGGAGGUGGACGCAGUACUAGUCUUGCUUGAAAAGAUCUUAUUGCUUCUUCCAGAACUACUGCAGAAAAGAUGGCAAAAACAUGCCCUUACUCGCUUAUUCAAGCGUCUUUUGCAUCCAGCCAACUAUACGAAACUCCGGAAAGAUUCAAUGAAAUUAUUUAUUUUGUGGUAUCAGAUCCUUGGGGAUCAAGCAGAUGCUGGUGUCCAUUCAAUGUUUGCCUGUUUAGUUCCUGGAUUUCCUCAUCAGCCUGCUUGCUCUUACCCCACCAGUGCACCAAGCGUUGCAAUUGCGACAGAGCUCUUACCACUCAUUCCACCACAGGCCGGUGAAAAAGGGAUAGACGACUCUUGCAGAUUUUAUUUGGACUCGUUAAUGGAGUUUAUGAUAACCCAGGUAAUGCGGAUCGAAUGGAGAGAUAAACAUCUUGGUCGCCCCCAGCGUUGUUUCUCAUUUCUGCUUCAAAAAUUUCAAACAUAUUACCUUCCACAUAUAUUUCCCGAAAUUUCUGAACGUACUAACGUCUAUCGGCCUGAUUUGGACAUAACGAAUCUUCGGCGCCUUGGUCCUAAUGACCCAAGCAGCAACGCUAAACAGCCUUUCAUAUGCUGUCGGGUUGUCGUGCUGAAAUGGCUGGCAAAUCUCACCCACGUCCCUCAAUCAACUCAUCAUCAAGAUGCCCCCUUUGCAACUUGCACUGCAGUUCUUCCACAGCAUCUCGGUUCUCCCGCUAUGGAAUCUUCUUUCUACAGUCAAAUCUCAGAAAAAGAAGCCCCUUCAUACAUGAGUGAACAACACCGAAACGAAGUAACAGUUGUCCAAGAUGUACUCUUUGGUUCUCGAGAGAACGUUAAUCUUGUGGUGGAGCUGUAUCGGCAGGCAUUUUUAUUGCCUUUACAACAGUCUCCCAGCAUCCGAAAAAUUCUAUCUUUGUAUCGGGAUUGGAUCCACAGAAAGGUUGAUGCUCCUCCUUUCAUGUGUGAGCCGGUAGAAGAUUUAGGACCGAAACGCAAUAUUUCAAGAGAACAAACACAUGUUUAUGCUGGGAUGCAAAAUGUCCUGCAAAUUUUCAUUACGCAAGUGGCUAGUGUGUUUAUGAGUUGGGUACCUCAGGGGUCUUUGGUUUUCCUGGAAGAGCAGGUUGAUAUAUGCAAACGGGUUUUGAACAUAUACCGCUAUAUGGUCAUGAACUCUCCAAUGGAACAAAAAACUUGGGAGCAAUUGCUUCUCGUACUGCUACAGGUCACCUCACAAGUACUUGGUAAUAAAGUACCUGACAAAAAAGAAGAUACACUAGGCAAUCGCCUAGCCCCGGCAUUGUUCCAGACGCUCAUUGUCACCUGGAUACGCGCCAACCUUAAUGUCAUUAUUACGGUAGAUCUCUGGGAUCAGUUCGUCCAGACUCUUUCAGGACUCACUGUUUGGGAAGAACUUAUUCGUGAAUGGGCGAAAACGAUGGAUAUUCUAACAAGAGUUUUGGCAAAAAAUCUGUACCAUUUGGACCUGAGUGAUCUUCCGUUGGAUCGACUGAGCGAACAAAAAGCCAAGAAGAGAAGAGCUGGACGUGUUGAACUACUCUCUGGCUUAGGGCCGUUUCCUCAAAACAUUGUGCCCCGGAGCGGUCAAGUGAAUACUCCAGCAACAACUCCAGUGUCUUCGCCACCCACGACAAACGUCGAUGCAACUGGGCAUCAUUCUGGUAAUGCCAAUGCAGCACAAGAAGAGACACGAUCGGCAAGUGGAUCCGUUAGGUCACGAAGUUCCAUCAUGACUCCCGGCCACUUUGCUAAUCAGCAGCGUACGCGCCAUAGCAGCUCGGGCGACACCUCGUUAAAAACUGCAGACAUGUGGAAUAUUCCUCGCACUGCUAAAGUCGAGCGAAGUCGCAGCGAGGGCAAUUUCGCGCGCAAACAUCGUGUUGGUGGAACACGAAACCGUUGCAAACGCUACGAUCACAUCACAGUUCCAUCCUUGCCUUCAUCCGUGGAAAAUAAAAUCACGCGCAUGCUGACGUCAGAAUCUCUCUCAACGGCACAACUUUUGCGGCGUCCUCUCCAGCCUCGAAAACAGUUUCUUCGUAAGCGUUCUCGCUCGAUGAAUUCAAUUAAGCAUUUAAAAGGAUUCGAUGAAAGUGCCCGGUAUUCAGAUUCUGAAACUGAGUCGCGUUCACCUUCACCUUCCAGUGGCGUCGAAACGAAUUCUUUCAAAGAUUCGCCAAUGCAAAUUGAUGUCAUGGGUUUGGAUCAAGGAUUUGACGGCGUUGAUGGGGACGCCUCACACACUCGUUCGGUUAUGUUCGGCGGAAAGGCUAAAGGCUGGCUUCCAGAUGUGGCUGUGGUUAUGUGGCGUCGGAUGCUUGGGGCUUUGGGCGAUCCAAAUGAAGUCCGCAACCCUCAUAUCCACGCUGCUAUAUUUGAUUAUUUGGUUGAAUUGGGGUUCUUGAUUUUUGAGAUUCGCCAAAAUCAAGGUGUCAGCCUGGACAAUGUGUCUACGCCGCCUCUUCCCACUUUCGUUCCACCCGUCUUAAUUCUUGUGCCAUGGUGUCAAAAGGCGCUGGCAUUACCGUCCUCCUAUCAUAAAGGCAAGACAUUAGCACUACGUCUACUUUGCACAAUAGUAGUCCGGAUUCAUGAUAUUCCUCUUCCACGGAAUCAACUGUUGCUCUUCUAUCGGGCUAUCCACCAUGCACUCGUUGGACAAGAUCAGGAUGCCAUCAAUACAGUUCUCAAAUUCUGUGGGGCGCGAUUCUUUUCACUUCAAUUACCCGGUUAUUCGUUGCUAAUGUUGGAUUUUCUUCAUGCCGCAAACACCAUCAUUUCUAACAACGACCUUAAGGGGAGCUCGCGCGUUGAGGCUAUUUCGUUAGUUGGCUCGUUGCUCUUCUUCCCAGAGACUCUUCCCGAUUCACCGGUGCUUCAACCGAUUCCCAACGAGUACAACCUUGUCAACUGUAACGAUAUCAAAGAACAUGUCGUGGCUUUGGUACUGAAAUCGGCUAAACGCGAAGCCACAAGCGUCGGCCGCUGCGUCGCCAUAUCCAGUUUGGCUGUGUAUAUUUACUGCCAAUUGGCUCAUGGCACAAAGCACGCUAAAGUUAAGGAAGCUAUUGCCGUCCUUUUAGCUGUGCUCAAGUUUAAGAACCGGCUUAUAGGACAAGUGGCGUGUGAUAUGCUUCUUCUUCUCUGUGACCAUGCGGAUUAUCUUCUCGAGCAGUAUCCGGAUGUUCCUCGUGCUAUUAUUGAAGAUUUGUCUCAAACGUUGUCUGCACUAACGGCGAAUCAAGGCUGUAACGACCAGACAAAGCGAUUGUUGUUGUCCUUGUCCAUAUGCCUGGGAGAGUGGUGCAUGCGAGUUCCAGCGGAAUCCUUGUUGAAACCGCUUGUCCAGCCGAAAUCCCCGUCUCUGUUGGAAACGGUUUUUCGCGUCUUGAAAUCAGUAGCCACGGGAAGCAAUGUUGGUGGUGGAGGGCAUGUAGUGGAAAAUCGCCCGCUGGACAUUGGUGAUGCUGAUCCAAGCAUUGAUAAUGUAGGGGAGCAUCUGUCUACGCUUAGCCCGUCUCAGUCUCCGCUCUCUAGUCCGACCAAGGACGGGUACAACUUUAGGUCAACCAAUGCCAAGACAAUCCCUUCUCCCGGAGAGAACGAAGCAAAUAUUCGUGCAGUUCGAUUAGCUGCUCGAAUGGUGAUGGACCAUUUGAUCAAUCACAUCGGACAUUUCCCAAUGGGAAUCGGUGCUGCCCGAUUGAGUUCCAUGGUCUGCGAGCAUGACGACUUGCCACACUUCCAAGGCGAUGAACUCUCAGCGGAACUCUUUCAUUCUCCGUCUGUCCAGUUCUUCAUGUUAAACAAGGAUACGUUGAUGUCGUUGGUGGAACUGCCCACGUUAGAAGCCACCCGUGGGAGCGCAAUGUCCGGUCUUCGAACGGCCCAUUCUCAGGUGCGAAUCAUUUUGAGAAACCUUGGUGGCAAAUUCUGCUGGGAUUCGUCGAUAUUGUAUUCACUCAAGGAUGAUUCAACUCUGACACGUUCAACCAGACCGCCCCUACCGCCAUUUUUUACCGCGCGCCCUUACCAGCGCGAAGAGUUGAUGAUAUCUUCAUUCAUUGGAGGAGAUGGAGCCAUCAUCCAGCCUUCUCCUCCGCGGCUUUCAGUGCGGCAUCGACCUCCUAAUUCCAUGCCCAAGUGGGAGGACACGGCGGAAGAUAUGGAUAACCUUGAAGACCUUUUGCUGUUCAUUGGACACACAAGUCCUGAAUGUAUUCCCGCCGGAAGGCAAGCAGACACGUUGACUACGCCUCCUCCUCCUCCACCGACCAUGUUGCCCGAGCAAGAGGAGGAAGCGCUAAAUGCACUGCUCCAUCAGAAACACAUUGAGCUUGAUUUUUAUCAAAAGCAUUCAAACGAACAGUGGAUGAGAGGACGUCCGGUUGAGGAGCCUAUACCGGAAGAUCCGCAAUCCCCUUUCCAGUUCAGUCGGAUGCUCUUUUCCCAGCUUGGUUUAACAUCGUGGGAUAAAAGAGGACAAGUCCAACUAUUAAAGAAAUGUGAUAAACUUCUUCGCGAGUUAAAAAAUCUCGAUAGCCAGAAAUGCAGAGAAACGCACAAGAUCGCCGUCAUCUAUGUAGGUGCCGGCCAGGAGGACAAAAACUCAAUUCUUACAAAUUCUGGUGGGAGCCAGGCGUUCGAAGACUUUGUUGCUGGUCUGGCGUGGGAGGUUGAAUUGGAAACGCAUACUGGCUUUCUUGGCGGUUUGCAGCGGAACCGUUCCACCGGUGAAACAGCGCCGUACUUUGCCACUUCGUUCACGGAAGUGAUUUUUCACGUAUCGACUAGAAUGCCUUCGCACAAUCAAGAUGCCCUCCUUCAAAAAACGCGCCACUUGGGUAACGACGAAGUUCAUAUUGUUUGGUCGGAACAUUCCCGGGAUUACCGCCGAGGCAUUAUACCAACAGAGUUUUGCGAUGUUCUCAUCACCAUCUAUCCACUGCCGAAUCAACUAUUCCGCAUUCAGAUUACACGCAAACCAGACGUCCCGUUCGUGGGUCCUCUCUUCAACGAGUGCAUAAUAGACAAACGUGUGCUUCCCGGGCUGGUUCGUGCCACGGCUCUAAACGCAUCUAGAGCUACGCGAUCCACCAUCCCAUACUUCCAUACUUUUUACGAAGAAAGAUACAAGGCGUUGGAAACGAUCACACAAAACCUUCAAGAACCAACGACGUUCGAAGAUUUUUGUGUACAACUUUGCUGCCCAGGUAUACCUAUGCCUACAACUGGAUCGUCUGGUAACUUGUCAGGCUCAUUUUACAAUAACAUGGAAUUGCCGGCGAAUCCUCCUUCAGGACCUCCGUCAAGUUCGGGAGGCCAUGUUACUUUCUCGUCUGAUACUUCGUAUGGAUUUGCGACAUCCCUCUUCCGUCAAAAUGCUGGCCAAGAAAAUAAACAAAGAGGAUUUGAAGGCGCUGGUUUGUCUGUCGACAUCGAGGAACCGCACUAUGCUUCACCCAAAGCGAAUAAACGACUGUCGUUCAAACACACAUCACGUAAGAUAUCAGGUUUCGGUAACCCAGACUGUUGAAGAAACGAAAACAAAAGUGUCUUGAUUGACGGUGAUUCGACAUUCCACACACAUUUCGACGAACUAGAUUGUACUUUACAUACAGUAUAUUAUGCAAUUUUUCAAAAGCUUCAACGUUCCCCAGUUCACGUCUUUCAUAACUUAAGAAAUAGCGGUAAGAUUUAAGGACACUGAAUAAAAAAAAAAAUGGACGUGCAAUCAAGUGUAUCGCGAGCUCGCUUCACACGACAAGUAUAUUCAUCGCAGAUCACAAGCUCAAAGGAAAAGGACACUUGUCAAUAUUCGUGACACUUGCUUCGUUUGAUUUUGUUUUGUACCUUUUUUUUUGUUCUUAGUUUUGUUAAAGGCGUGGAAUGUCUCGUAGUGUUAAGUAAUCAAUCCAGCUACCUCUCGUUCUUCCCUUAUUGUUAUCACCGUGUCCGUUACGUGCACGCGCAUUUCUUUAUACAGCAGUACUUUCGUCUCAGCUACUUUGAUCCGCCUUCUCUCUACCACUUUUCGAUUCUCUUUCUUCCACCGCUCACUUGUUUUUUUUUUUUUUUUUUUUGGUGUUUUGUGCCCAUAUUUAUAUAAAGAAAAAACCAUUACUAUGUGUUGUUUCUCUUAUUGUUUACCUUUAAUAAACAACAAACCCGUGACUUUAUCGCCAUGGGAACAUUUGUUUGAUCGUUA